AUGUUCUGCCUGCGAGCUGUACAGCCUGUGACCUGGGGUGCUGAUCGAUGGGGUUUAGCGAACAGCGCUUGGGGGACCCAGGCUGAACUUGAUGCGCUGCAUGGUUGUUUUACUCACAGCCAUGUCACGCCACAAUUUGCGGUUUCCAAGUUGUACAUUGUACCUGGAGCCGUCAGAAGAAAGCUGGCGCGACUCAGUUCGAAGGGUUGUUUGGGGGCGGCACAUUGCGUCUUGUUUACAAGUGUUGCUGGCAUGAUGUUUUCAGGCAAACAGGGGUUGGGUUGGGGUUCCUUGCAGCGGAGCAGUGACUCAUGUAGCUUGUGUUGCUCAGCGGUCAUCCAUCAAGCUUGUGCAGUCAGAUCAUCCUUGGACAUCCCUUCCGUUGCAGACAUGGCUCCCAUGAAGGCAACCAAGACCAUGAAGGCGAUGAAGGCUGCCAAGGCCAUGACCAAGGGGGGCAUCGUGAGUGAGCUGGCCUCGGCAACAGACAUGAAGAAGUCUGACGUGUCGCAGCUUCUUGGACAGCUCUCUGAGAUGGGAGCGAAGGAGGUAAAGGCAACCGGGAAGUUCGUGAUCCCGGGGCUGUGCAUGAUCAAGACACGCACGAAGCCAGCCACCAAGGCGGGCAAGCGGAUGAUGUUCGGCAAAGAGGUGGCCAUCAAGGCUCAGCCUGCCAAAACGGUGGUCAAGGCAUUCGCAGUGUCAGCUCUGAAGAAGCAGAUCUGA